AUGCCUGGUUUUGCAGUUAAUAUUCCUGCUAAUGCUACAUGGAAGCAGAGCGGAGUGACUAUUGCUGGAGGUCGCGCAGUAGGGAAUGUCACUAAUCUACUCUUCUGGCCUCAUGGUCUCUUCGUUGAUGAUGAUCAAACAGUGGUUAUUGCUGACUUGAUGAAUCAUCGUAUCAUGCAAUGGAAGAACGGUAAUACAAGGAAUGGACAAGUUGUUGCUGGUGGCAAAGGCGAAGGAAAUGGAUUACAUCAAUUGAAUUAUCCAACUGAUGUAUUAAUUGACAAAGAGACGAAUAGUCUCAUUAUUUGUGAUCGAGACAAUCGACGCGUUGUACGAUGGUCUCGUCGUAGUGGUACAACACAAGGUGAAAUACUCGUCGACAACAUCCAAUGUUAUGGAUUAGCAAUGGAUGAACAGAGAUAUCUCUACGUUUCUGACGUCGGAAAACAUGAAGUAAGACGAUAUCAAUUGGGUGAGAAGAAUUACACUCUCGUAGCUGGUGGUAAUGGAAAAGGUAAUGGUCUCAAUCAACUCAACUCGCCGACAUAUCUCUUUGUCGAUCGAGAUCAUUUAGUGUACGUAUCAGACGCCAAUAACAAUCGUGUAAUGAAAUGGAAUAAAGGCGCAAAAAAAGGUAUUGUGGUCGCUGGAGGACAAGGCCCAGGGAGUGCUCUGACACAAUUGUCUCUUCCUAAUAAAAUUUUCGUUGAUACGUUGGGUACACUCUAUGUAGCAGACUCGUUGAAUCAUCGUGUAAUGCGUUGGACUCAAGGAGACAAGAAACAAGGCACUGAAAUUGUGGGUGGAAAUGGUCAAGGAGCAGGAGCAAAUCAGUUCACCGUCCCCAUUGGUUUGUCUUUCGAUCGACAUGGGAAUCUCUAUGUCGUCGAUAUGGCUAAUAAUCGUGUUCAACGAUUUUCUAUCGAAUAA